UUCUACAGCAGUAUUAAGUUUGCGAGAGAAAGCUGUGAUCCAGACAACGGAAUGUCAAUAAGUUUUGAUCAAGUAUGUUCUAAAAUAGUCUCUAGAGAUAUCGAAAGCCAGUCAUGUGGUCUGAUGCUGAUAUACGUCGGAUAUACGUCUAAUGAAAAACAUUUUCAUGUAGAGGACUAUACAAAACCAUUACUUCUGGAUAUUAGACAUUGUAAUUCCAUGAUUGAUAAUCCAAGUCCAACAUCCCUUGAGGACCAUGCGAAUUAUGAUUCUGAUGAUUUUGAAGCAGAUGAGUUUUGGAAAUACUCAGAACAAAGGCGAUUUUCUGAACUUGAAGAGAAAUUAAAAAACGAGAAUUUAGAUCAGAUUAAAUCUGCCAAGUUAGUUGCGAACCAAGCAGAAAUGCUUUGUGCUUUCGUGAAUUAUUAUGCUCAUUUUCAUUUGCCAACGAUCGGUAUUGAAAUGAUAUGUCAAAUGUUUAAUAGUUUUAUGAAUGUUUCCGUACUUCCAAAUAUACAGUAUCAUAUAGAUAAAUUAUUGCGAUCCGACGAUAUCAAACGAUUUCAUGCAUUUUGCCCUAUAUGCGAGAUGUAUCUUCGACCCUUCAAUUUUACUGAACGAAUCAUGUUUUGCGACAAAUGUAUGAAAAUAACAUGUCCGUUAAAGGAAAUGACGUAAGUUUUUUCGCGAUUUUGGAUAUUGGAAAGAAAGUAAAACAUUUACUAGAAACGCACGAUGAAUAUUACGAUGAUGUACUGCACAAACAAAAAGAUAUUUCGGAGCAAACUGAAAAUAUUAACAAUAUUUAUGACGGCUAUAAGUAUUGAGAGUUUGUUUUGUCGUUACCAAGUGACUUUAAAAACUCAUACGUUAUUUGUACAAUGAAUAAUGAUGGAUCUCUUGUGUGGAAAAGCUUUAACUAUUCAAUAUGGCCAAUACACAUAAUUUUAAAUAAACUUUUUUCGAAUGUACGAUUAAGUAAUAAGAUCACCGCGGCUUCAUGGUUCGGAAAGAAGACGCAUGUGAAUAUUUUCGCUAAGACCUUUGUUAAAACCGUUAAUGCUUUGGAUUUGGAAGGUAUAUCUUGUAAAAUUGUAAAUAGUGUUAGAACAAUAAGAUUAUACCCUGUAUGUUGUGCAGGUGCGACUGCGCGUGCACCAUUACAGGGCAUUGUACAGUUUAACGGUUACAGCAGUUGUAACUGGUGCUACCAUUCUGGUAUACCAAUUAAAAAGACGGAAAAGAAAGUUAUAAAAUAUCCACUUCUUGACUUUGUGCCAGAAAAAAAGAAGUCAUUUAGAUUUAGAGUCAUUUAGAGCUUAUGAAAACUGUUUCUGAAAAAAUAUCA